GUUGCCAUAUUGGAGCACUGAUUGCGGACGCACGCAGUAACGCUUUUCGGUGAGAGAGACGCUAUCUCUAUAAAAGACUGUGAGCUGAGCAGCAACACAGAUAAAAGACUGUACGGAACUGAUGCGUGACUGAGUUGUGUACCUGCAAGAGAGCAUUUCUAAUCACUUACCUGGGUUUAUAGUCCACUGGACUGCGAAAUUGGUGGAGUGUCUGACUUAAAAGCUCUUUUUUUCACUCCUCCUCUCACUGCUGCCGUCCGCUCUCAUCUACAUUUCAGUGCAUUGACUCCUGUCGGCCGCCGUACACUUGUUCCCCACUCAUAAACGCACAUCAUAUAAAUGGCACGCCAUCCGUGAGGUGAUCAUACUGAAGAUGACCUGACACUGACAAUAAAACAAAAUCUACAGAUUAACAACAACCAAAGACUCCAACAUGAAACUUCACUGCAUCUUCAUCGCCUGUCUCGCUCUCUUCACCCUCUGCUCACUGGCAGACAUUCAAAAUCACCAAGGUCCUGGUAAAUGCUGCUUUUCGUAUUCCAAUAUGAGAAUCCCAGUAAAGCAGGUUGACGGUUACCAAACAACUUUUUCUGGAUGCCCAAAAGAAGGACUUAUUUUCUUCAUGAAAUCUGGAAAUGAGAUCUGUGCUGACCCAAAGGAGAGAUGGGUUCAGAGACUGAAGAAAGUGGUGGACGCUCGCACCCUGAAAGACAUAGAGGUCAGCUCUGGGGACAGCAAUUAAGAUUUAACUGAAGUUUUAAAUCAUUUUCAGUUUAUGUAAAGAAAGAAAAGCAGCAUGUUUUGGAAUGAACCUCCACAAUGCUAUUCAUUUAUGGCUGAAAAGAUUGUGAUUAUAUACACAUUUAUAGCAAAUGCAAUAUAAUUUUUUUGUAUUUGAACUUAACAUAUAUAUCCAUAAAUAAACAUUACAAAAGACAA